AUGUCGUCGUCGAGACUGUGCGAUUCGUGCAAAUCGUCGGCAGCGACUCUGUUCUGCCGCGCCGACGCGGCGUUUCUCUGCGGCGACUGCGACGGGAAGAUCCACACGGCGAACAAACUCGCUUCUCGACACGAGCGAGUAUGGCUCUGCGAGGUCUGCGAGCAAGCUCCGGCACACGUGACUUGCAAAGCCGACGCAGCCUCGCUAUGCGUCGCCUGCGAUCGUGACAUCCACUCCGCGAAUCCGCUUUCUCGCCGCCAUGAGCGCGUCCCCGUCACGCCUUUCUACGAUACCCCGGGAGGAUCAGCCUCCUCGUCGGUCAAUUUUCUCGACGACGACGCUGACGUCAGCAUGGAGGCUGCGUCUUGGCUAUUGCCUAAUCCGAGUGUCAAGGAAGGAGGAGUAGAAAUCCCUAAUUUGUUCUCGGAUCUGGAUUACUCGGCGGUGGAUCCGAAGAUGGAAGCGUCGGAGAAUAGCUCCGGCAACGACGGGGUCGUUCCUGUGCAGAACAAGCUGUUUCUCAACGAAGAUUACUUCAAUUUCGAUAUCUCAGCCUCUAAAACCUUUCCUCAGGGAUUCAAUUUCAUCAAUCAAACUGUUCCCUCAACAUCACUAGAUGUACCUCUGGUGCCUGAAGGUGGAUCCACGGCGGAGAUUUCAAACCCCACGGCGACGACGACGACGGCAACACCGGCCGUGCAGUUAUCUCCGGCGGAAAGGGAGGCUAGGGUUUUGAGGUACAGAGAGAAGAGGAAGAAUCGGAAAUUUGAGAAGACGAUUAGGUACGCAUCACGUAAAGCUUACGCCGAGAUGAGGCCAAGGAUCAAAGGAAGAUUCGCGAAGCGAACAGAUUCGAUAGGCAACGAGGGAGGAGACGUCGGAGUCUACGGCGGAUUCGGCGUCGUCCCAAGUUUCUGA